GAGAAGAGACUAGGAAAGUUGUAAGAUGCUUAGAACAGAAAGAAGGCGGGUCGUGUUGUGCCGAAACUCUUCCACAAAACACAGCUGCUGGGUGCGUCGGCCGGCGUCGAGAGAGAAAGCAGAGGCGCAGUUACGGGGAGAGAGCAGCCGGGCGGAAGAUAUAGGGUUUACACUACACUCAUUCCAACGGACCACCAUCCCUCGCGACCUUUCAUUCACCCGCCCACCCACUCUCCUUUCUCCUCCUCAAACUGGUAAUAUCAAUUUUUUUUUCUUUUUGGUAAUUUAUUUGGUUUGUGCUCUGUCGGUACUCGCCUCCCUUUUCUUCUUUUUGUAUAUUCUCCACCGUAGCCCUUCUUUCUCAAUUUGUUUGAUUCGAACUUUUUGUUAUCUGCAAAUUGUGAUUGAUUUGGUGGUUCGGUAUUCAGUGAGUUUAUGCCACUAUUUAAAUCAUGUUACUAGUUUCCUGUCUUUGAUCAAGAAGCAAAAUUUGGAAAUGGGCUCAAAUUGUUAAAAUGUGAAAUUAAUUCUGGGUUAUUUUCUAGUGUGCAACGUUAUGAACCCAACAUUGCUAUCCAGCUUUUUUGGUUUUGUUACAACUGGGGUUUGGUUCUAUUUGUUUGUAUGGCAAACCGAAGAACAGAUCUUUUUAUUCUGUUAACAACUGAAGUGCAGCACAUACUACCCUUUAUUUCUGAUUGGCAAGUUUGCAAUUAAACAAUGGUCAGAGGCCCUGCAACUACUCUUUUAAGGAUUUCCUCUUCAAGAAAAUGUGCCUCCCGGUUUAGGAUUUUUACAGGGAACCGAUUGAUACAGUCUGGUGGACAAUAUGUUGAUCAUAAAAUUCUCCAAAGUAAUCCAGUGCGUCCUUUCUCAAGCAUUGAGAACCAAGUCCGGUUUAGAAUGCUUUCUCAGAGCUCAAUGUUUGGAGUUUUUAGUAGUUUCAAUGUGAGACGAAUCACAUUUGUUCAGGAGCACAAGGAAGAUAAUGAAAAGGGUGAUAGUGUAAGCAGUUCAAAUGUGGUAGAAGUUGGGGGGUGCGAUGCAGAUGUUGGAAAAAAUGUUUGCUUUGAGAACGAUACUUGUGAUUUGAUGAUGGUUCCUGGUGGGGAUGAAUGCAUUGGGGACGGCAUUCAUGGUUCCAUUGUGGAUGAUUCGAAAAAUGGUGAUAAUGACCUAAGGUCAUUGAAACUGAGGAGCUAUGAGAACAUCAGAUCAUGUGAUCCUGUUGAACUAUAUCGUGAGCUUCGUAGUGUUGAAAUGGAUGGUGCAAAGGUAGAACGUUCUGAAUGGUUAACCCUUCAAGAGAUAUUUAGCUACUUUAUUACAUCUGGUUGGGCUAGCAAUCAGGCUCUUGGUAUUUACAUUGGCAUGUCAUUUUUUCCGACGGCUGUACAUAAGUUCCGAAGCUUUUUCUUUAAGAAAUGUUCUACUGACGUCGUCAAAUAUUUGGUGUUCCUUGGUCCUUCGGAUGAUGCAGUCAAAUUCCUUUUUCCAAUAUUUGUUGAAUAUUGUUUAGAAGAGUUUCCAGAUGAGAUUAGGCGGUUUCAAAGUAUGGUUGCUUCUGCUGAUCUUACUAAGCCACACACCUGGUUUCCAUUUGCACGAGCAAUGAAGCGUAAAAUUAUAUAUCAUUGUGGUCCAACUAAUAGCGGUAAAACUUACAAUGCUUUGCAAAGGUUUAUGGAAGCAAAGAAAGGGAUUUAUUGCAGUCCUCUUAGGUUAUUGGCCAUGGAAGUAUUUGAUAAGGUGAAUGCUCAUGGUGUUUAUUGCAGCCUUUUCACUGGUCAAGAAAAGAAGCAUGUACCAUUUUCUAAUCAUAGCGCCUGUACUGUUGAAAUGUUGUCAACAGAAGAGUUGUAUGAGGUUGCUGUCGUUGAUGAGAUUCAAAUGAUGUCAGAUCCUUAUAGAGGAUAUGCCUGGACAAGGGCCUUUCUUGGAUUGAAAGCUGAUGAGAUCCACUUAUGCGGUGAUCCUAGUGUUCUAAAUGUUGUUCGAAAGAUCUGUUCUGAAACUGGGGAUGAGUUGCAUGAACGACGCUAUGAGAGAUUUAAGCCAUUGGUUGUUGAAGCUAAAACACUUUUAGGUGAUCUUAAAAAUGUUAGAUCUGGUGAUUGUAUUGUUGCCUUUUCAAGAAGGGAGAUAUUUGAGGUUAAGUUGGCUAUUGAGAAACUCACCAAACAUCGAUGCUGUGUUAUUUAUGGAGCUCUACCACCGGAGACUCGUAGACAUCAAGCAAAUUUGUUUAACGAUCAAGAUAAUGAAUUUGAUGUGCUUGUCGCUAGUGAUGCGGUGGGAAUGGGUCUAAAUCUUAAUAUUAGGAGAGUCGUGUUUUACAACCUUGCAAAGUACAAUGGGGACAAGAUGGUGCCUGUUCCUGCUUCACAAGUUAAACAGAUUGCUGGAAGAGCAGGGCGCAGAGGAAGUUGCUAUCCAGAUGGGCUUACGACCACAUUAAAUUUUGAUGAUCUUGGUUACUUGAUUGAAUGUUUGAAACAACCAUUCGAUGAUGUUAAGAAAAUCGGUCUCUUUCCUUUCUUUGAACAACUUGAGCUAUUUGCAGGGCAAGUCUCUAAUGUUACAUUCUGCCAAAUAUUAGAAAAAUUUAGUGAAAAUUGUCGCCUAGAUGGUUCUUACUUUUUGUGUCGGCAUGACCAUAUAAAGAAAGUUGCAAACAUGUUAGAGAAGGUCCAAGGAUUAUCUCUAGAAGAUCGUUUUAACUUUUGUUUUGCCCCUGUUAAUGUUAGAGAUCCCAAGGCAAUGUACCAUCUUUUGAGGUUUGCUUCAUUGUAUAGUCAAAAUAUUCCUGUGAACACUGCAAUGGGCAUGCCAAAGGGUUCUGCUCGAAAUGAUACGGAGCUACUGGAUCUUGAAACGAAGCAUCAAGUAUUGUCGAUGUAUCUUUGGCUGUCACAGCACUUCAAGGAAGAAAAUUUUCCUCAUGUCAAGAAGGUCGAGGCGAUGGCAAAGGAUAUUGCUGACUUAUUAGGUCAAUCUUUGACGAAAGCUAAUUGGAAACCAGAAUCAAGGCAAGCUGGGAAACCUAAGCCUCAGGACAAAGAAGGCCAUGAGAAGCCAAGGUCUCCCGUGAGAGUGUAUGAGAAACAAGCUAUUUAAAUUUAAGGAUGGAGGCCGUACUGUGAUAGGAAGAUGUUGCAGAUUUGGUUUAGAAAGGCAAAGGAGCGGCUAGUCUCGUCCUCACUUACUCUGGGCUCCUCUCCAACCCGUGUUGCAGAAGUUUUCCUACACAAAAUGCUCUGCAAUGGAUCACAAUGUAGGAGGUGUCUGAUUAUUCGAGUUCCGACAUUUGUAGAAUGAUGUAGAAUGAGUUGAAAGGUAGCACUUUUAUACAUGAUCGUAGUCUCGAGAUGAUUUCUAUUUCGAUAUCGGAAAAAAAUUGAUUCCUUUGGCUUUGACGCUUGCAAUUAACUGCAUUGAGGCCCCUGUCGUGAAAUGCCCGUGUUACCUCAGAUGGUAGAGUUUGUAGUACCCAGAGCACGGGAAUGAUCUUGUAGUUGAGAAAGGGAAAGGGCAGAGACAAUUUAACAACAUAGAAGCUUUGCAACAAUAGAUGGAAGCCAUAAAACAAAACUGAUAGUAGAAACAUACUUGAAUUCUACUCAACAAUAGUCUAGUUUUAUUAUUUCAAA